GUAGGUUUAUAUUCAAAAUUUUAACUUAUAACCUAUUAAAAGUAGCUUACCAUUAUUGUAAUUCAUCAUGAGCAAUUGGGAGCAAAACGAAGAAAUACAAAUAUUUCGAGAAUAUCUCCGAAUUCCAACUGUCCAACCGGAAAACAGUUAUGAACCAUGUGUUGCCUUCAUAAUAAAACAGGCUGAAAACCUAGGACUUCCCUACAAAGUCGAUCGACCUGGAGGACCUGAUAAACCAAUUGUUGUAAUCACAUGGCAAGGAACAAAUCCCGAACUACCAUCCAUAAUGUUAAAUUCACACAUGGAUGUAGUAGCAGUGUUUCCUGAAAGUUGGACACAUCCACCAUUUGGUGCCGAAAUGGAUUCUGAUGGUCGAAUUUUUGCUCGUGGAGCUCAAGAUAUGAAAUGUGUUGGAAUGCAAUAUUUAGCUGCAAUUCGAGCUUUGAAAAAUGCUGGAGUCAAAUUGAAGAGGACAAUUCACAUCAGUUUUGUUCCAGACGAAGAAUUUGGUGGAAAGCUUGGUAUGGAUAAAUUCGUCAGCUCAGAUGUUUUCAAAAAUUUGAAUAUUGGAUUUUCGUUGGAUGAAGGAAUCGCUUCACCAGAUGAAGUUUUUUCAAUCUUUUAUGCAGAACGCAGUACAUGGCAUGUUCAUUUGAAAAUUUCUGGAACUACUGGUCAUGGUUCUUUGUUGCAUGAAAAUACUGCUGGCUGUAAACUCAAUUAUGUUCUUGGAAAGUUAAUGGACCGCAGACAAGAAGAAGUUGAUCGUUUGAAAAAUAAUCCGAAUUUGACUAUUGGAGAUGUAAUGACAAUAAAUCUUACCAAAAUAAAUGGAGGAGUACAGUCAAAUGUUGUACCAUCUUUAAUUGUUGCAGUUUUUGAUAUUCGUGUUCCCUUGAAUGUAGAUCAUGAUGAAUUUGUAAAAAUGAUUAAAAACUGGUGUGAAGAAACUGGUGGAGGUAUUGAAGUCUUUUUUGAAUUUAGGGAACCGAAAAUUGAAGCUACAAAGAUUGAUUCAAGUAAUAUCUUCUGGACAGCAUUUAAGAGUGUCUUUGAUGAGCUUGACCUGAAGACUAGAGAGCUUGUUUUUCCUGGAGCAACUGACAGUCGUUUAUUAAGAAAUAUUGGUAUACCAGCUUUGGGAUUUUCACCGAUGAACUUUACAACAGUUACUCUACAUGCAAACGAUGAAUACCUUAAAGCUGAAACUUAUUUGAAUGGAAUUGAGCUUUAUAAGAAACUUGUUUUAAAACUAGCAAAUGCUUAG